GGCGGGGCUAAUAUUGAGCCGAGUUAAGAUCGGAAGUCACGCGGUCUUCUGCGCUCAUUGUGGCUUUGCGUAGGAGUGAUCCCCUGCAUUGAGGGCGUCGUGAAUUUUCUCCCCAGGGUUUAUCACUCCAAGGCAAGGUGUAACCCAACCCGCCAGGCGCCCGCCGAGCCCACCCCUAUCUAGCGGUUCAAACUAAACUAAUCAAUCUUAAACCAGAAGUUCACCUCUUCUCAGGGCGACUAGCGGUGUGUUUAUGUCUUUGUUUUGUGAAAACGGCGAGUACCUGGACGACAGGAGCUACGGAUGGGAAAGUGCUAUAGUGCAGCUACCAGAACCUAUUUGGGGGGAACUUAGUCAACGAGCUCGAAGCCUGGAGCCUCAGUGGCCGUACCCUUUUCAUGUCAGAGACAAAGUACUCUUGCAGUUGUUUAUGUCAUCCCCUCUCCACACAGAAGAUACUAAUAAUUGCCAAUUCAAGAUCUUCUCGUCUUGCUGAUAAACCAUACGGGAAGCCAAAAUGUCCAUCAAUGUCAACCGCAGUGUGUCAGACCAGUUCUACCGCUAUAAAAUGCCCCGUCUGCUCGCUAAGGUGGAAGGCAAGGGGAAUGGAAUUAAGACCGUCAUUGUCAACAUGGUUGAUGUUGCCAAGGCUCUAAAUCGGCCUCCGACAUAUCCCACCAAGUUUUUUGGAUGCGAGUUGGGAGCCCAGACCCAGUUUGAUGCCAAGAAUGACCGCUUCAUUGUCAACGGAUCUCACGAGGCGAACAAACUGCAAGACAUGCUAGAUGGAUUCAUUCGCAAGUUUGUGCUGUGUCCUGAGUGUGACAAUCCUGAAACUGAUUUGCACAUUAAUCCCAAAAAGCAGACCAUUGGAAACUCCUGCAAGGCCUGUGGGUACCAAGGCAUGUUGGACACCAGACACAAACUGUGCACCUUCAUUCUCAAGAAUCCACCUGAGAAUGAUAGUGGCUCUGUGAAAAAGGAGAAAGAAAAGAAAAACCGAAAGAAGGACAAAGAGAAUGGCUCAAGUGGUGGAGAGGCUGGGAACCAUAAUGACAUAGACGCCCCUGAUGCUGUGGACGGGGAUGAUGAUGAUGAAGACUGGGCUGAGGAGACCACAAAAGAGGCCCAGCGGCGCAGAAUGGAGGAGAUCAGCGAGCACGCCAAAGGCCUCACACUUACCGAAGACUUGGAGAAGUCUCUGGAGGAGAGGGUCAACAUAUUUUACAGCUUUGUGAAGCAAAAGAAGGACAGUGGAGCAAUUUACUCUGCAGAUAAAGAGAUUUUGGCAGAGGCUGAGAGGCUGGAUGUGAAGGCCAUGGGUCCUCUGAUCCUGAGCGAGCUGCUCUUUGAUGAGAACAUUCGAGAACAGAUCAAGAAGUUCAAUCGUCACUUCCUCAGGUUCUGCCACAAUAAUAAGAAAGCUCAGAAGUAUCUGCUGGGUGGAUUUGAGUGCCUGGUGAAGCUGCAUCAGAGUCAGCUCUUGCCGCGAGUCUCCAUUAUACUCAAAGACUUGUAUGACGCAGACCUGGUGGAGGAAGAUGUCAUCCUUGCGUGGGCUGAAAAGGUCUCUAAGAAGUACGUCUCCAAAGAGUUGGCUAAGGAGAUUCAUGCCAAGGCGGAGCCCUUCAUUAAAUGGCUCAAGGAGGCAGAGGAGGAGAGUGAAGGCAGUGAGGAAGAGGAAGACGAAAAGGACAAUGUUGAGGUGGUAUAUUCCUCUUCUGCCCGUGAGCUGAAAAUGGAGACCACAAAAGUUGAAAAGCCAGACCAUGAGGAGGAUGACAUUGACAUUGAUGCCAUUUAAAGAUAAAACCAAAAAGCUUAAAUUGCCUCUUGACAUAUUACUAAGCUUCUUUUUGUCCGAUGCAUGCCUUGUCACCUCCUUUGGCCUUCUCUUCAGCUGUUGGCCUGGGUUAGUGCUCUGCUGAAAGUCUUCUCACCUACUCCCUUGAUGAAUUGUUGCUGUACUUUGGAUGCAUUCAUUUCUUAGAGUAUAGAACAUUUAAUGCACAUUAUUUCCCCUUGUAUUUUUGCAACUAAUAAAGAUUUGCCUGUGAAUUCCA